GGCUUAGAACUUAUAGCGAGCUUGUUCAUAAAAAUCAAAACACAGUUGAUGGCCUCAAGUAUCUUGUGGGCGAAAGUGUGAGUCAGCAAUCACAACCACCCUUACGUCCGUAUCAACAGGAAUGCAUUGAAACUUGUUUGCGCAAAUUUAUUGAAGAGAAGGUAAAACGUCAGAUCGUGUCGUUACCUGUAGGAAGCGGAAAAACGGUCAUAUUUUCCAAUUUGAUCCGGAAAAUUCCUCCGCCAUAUCCUGGUGCCGACAAAGUUCUCGUGCUAGCUCACAGGGAGGAACUCCUUGAUCAAGCAUAUAAGCAAAUCAGCAAAUUCUCUCCAGAUUUGACACUAGAAAUAGAUCAAGGAGAAAGAAUUGCAAUGGGAACGGCCAAUGUUAUUAUUGGGAGCGUACAAUCGCUAGGAAGAUCGGAAUCAAAUCGCAUAAAAAAAUACGACCCGUCCAAUUUCAAAGCUAUUAUAAUCGAUGAGGUGAAGCUCUCGGAAUUCCCGCUAAAUUGGAUCGUACAAGUGUUGGAACAUGAUUUACAAAUUGAUUCAACAGUUCGAAGAUAUGAUGGAAUUUCGUUGGGAGAAAUUUUCGAUGAAAUCACCUAUCACAAAGACUUUUUGGACAUGAUAAAUGAGAAAUGGCUAUGCGAUCUUCGAGUGACGACAAUUAAAACAGAUAUUGACUUGUCCGACGUUAAAAGUAAUAAGGAAGACUUCAUAGAAAGUGAUCUUUCCAAAUAUGUUAAUGUGCGACAACUAGAUAUCGAACAUGUGGAAGCACUUACGAAGAUGUUCAUAGAUUGUGGUGUCGAUGCCUUCUCCAUAACAAGUAAGACAAAGAAACAUAUUCGAUCAGAAAAAUUAAAUGAUUUCAGGGCAAGAAAAUUCCCGGUAUUGGUUAAUUGCGGGAUUCUGACAGAGGGAACCGACAUUCCUAAUGUCGAUUGUAUUAUAAUGAGUCGACCGACGAAAUCGCCCGUACUUUUUCAGCAAAUGAUUGGGCGUGGGAUGCGUCUUGCUGAAGGAAAAGAGGACUGUCUGGUCUUGGAUUUUAUAGAUUCAUAUAUCAAUUUUCCGGACUUGGUCACUGUUCCAUCUCUAUUGGGACUGAAACCAGACACAGAAAUGAAAGGCUCGUACAUUUAUACGG